AUGGGGCUAAGAGCGGCCAGCCUCUUCCUCCUCUGGCUGGCUCUUUCCUCUGCUAGUGAAAUAAAAAAAGGAAGGACAAGAAGCCAUGGCCACUAUGUCUGCAGCACUUGGGGAAACAACCAUUUCAAGACUUUUGAUGGAGACGUCUACCAAUUCCCUGGCCUUUGCGAGUAUAAUUUUGUUUCCGACUGCCGAGAGGCUUACAAGGAGUUCUCUGUCCACAUCCAGCGUGCUCUCGACGGCAAUGGCCAUCCUGAGAUCCAGUAUAUUCUGAUGAAAAUCAAGGAUAUAAUGGUCUACCUCAAACCCAACCUGGUUGUGGUGGAUGGGCGGAUUGUGAAGACACCUUACUACUCCUCUGGUGUCCUCAUUGAGAGCAAUGAAAUUUACACCAAGAUUUAUGCCAAAUUAGGCAUGGUUCUGAUGUGGAACCAGCAGGAUGCCCUGAUGGUGGAGCUGGACAACAAAUUUAAUAACCAUACCUGUGGUCUCUGUGGGGAUUACAAUGGCAUUCAAAUCUACAAUGAGUUCAUCAAGGGAGAUGCAAGCUACAAUUCAAUUACAUAUGGGAAUAUGCAGAAGAUCAGCAAACCCAAUUCCAAAUGUGAAGAUCCAGAUGAAACUCAGGCUCUUCCAAGCUGUAAUGAGCAUCGUGACGAGUGUCAGAAGUUGCUGACCUCCUCUGCAUUUGCUGAUUGUCGGCUGCGUCUUAAUUUGGAGAUGUACAUCCAAGCGUGCAUGCAGGACAAGUGUGCCUGCAAUGGCAAGGACGACUCCUUCUGCCUCUGCAGCACCAUCUCCGAGUAUUCCCGCCAGUGCUCGCACGCAGGCGGCCGCCCGGGAGAAUGGAGGACACAGAGCUUCUGCCCCAAGACCUGUCCUGCUACCAUGGUCUAUAGAGAAAGCAGCUCACCCUGCAUGGAUACUUGCUCACACUUGCAGAUCAGCAGCCUUUGUGAGGAGCACUACAUGGAUGGCUGUUUCUGCCCUGAAGGAACUGUGUAUGAUGAUAUCAGUGAAAAAGGCUGCAUCCCUGUUAGCCAGUGCUACUGCAAACUUGGUGGAAAGAGUUAUGCACCUGGAGAAAGCAUUUCCAAAGAAUGUGAAGAAUGCACCUGUAAUUCAGGCAGAUGGACCUGCAAAGAUCUACCCUGCCCAGGCACAUGCUCAGUGGAAGGAGGUUCCCAUUUUACCACCUUUGAUGGGAAGAAAUACACCUUCCAUGGAGACUGCUACUAUGUGUUGGCCAAGGGUACUGCAAAUGAGAGUUAUGCUCUCCUGGCAGAACUGGCUCCCUGUGGCUCCACAGACAAACAGACCUGCUUGAAGACUGUUGUCCUGUUAGUGGAUAACAAAAAGAAUGUGGUGGUUUUCAGAUCAGAUGGCAGCGUGCUCCUGAACGAGAUGACAGUGAAUGUGCCUCAUGUGUCAACCAGCUUCUCAGUAUUCAAGCCGUCUUCCAACUACUUUGUUGUACAAACUCCAUUUGGGCUUCAGAUGCAGAUCCAGCUGUUUCGAGUCAUGCAGCUGUUUGUGACUGUGGAUCAGUCAGUUAAAGGAAAACUUCAAGGUCUUUGUGGAAACUUCAAUGGAAUGGAAGGUGAUGACUUUAGAACAACCAGUGGGCUGAUUGAGGCUACAGGAUCUGCCUUUGCUAACACAUGGAAAGCUCAGUCCACCUGCACAGACCAGGUAGAAAAGCUGGAAGAUCCCUGCAGUCUCAGCAUUGAAAGUGCAAAUUAUGCUGAGCAUUGGUGCUCUUUGCUGAGAAACCCAAAGGGUCCUUUUGCAAGAUGUCACAUAGCCGUUGAUCCUACAGAAUACUAUAAGAAAUGUAAAUAUGACACCUGCCUCUGUGAAGACAAUGAAGAAUGUUUGUGUGCUGCCCUGUCCUCUUACUCAAGAGCCUGUGCUUUCAAAGGGAUCAUACUGGGAGACUGGAGAAAGAGUGUUUGCAGUAAUGAAGCAUCUUCCUGCCCAGGAAAUCAAGUCUUCCUUUACAACCUUACAAUGUGCCAGCAAACCUGUCGCUCCCUUGCUGAUGGUGAAAAGUAUUGCUUGCAAGACUUUGCCCCUGUGGAUGGCUGUGGCUGCCCAUCCAAUACAUACUUGGAUAACCAGGAUAACUGUGUGCCCAUCUCCCAGUGCCCAUGUUAUUACAAGGGAUCAUACCUGGAACCUGGGGAGUAUUUCACAAAAGAUGGAGAACGCUGUGUUUGCCGAAAUGCAAAGAUCCAGUGCACUUCAGUGAAAUUAAGAAUGAGAAGUGAAACAGAAUGUUCUUCUAACAAGACAUACUUUGACUGUAAUGCAUUCUCGAAGUGGACUUCCCAAACACCUCUGCAACUUAGCUGUCAUACUCCUCAAACCGAUCAUUUCCAGACAGAGUGUGUCUCAGGCUGUGUGUGCCCUGAAGGUCUGUUUGAUGAUGGCAGAGGGGGAUGUGUCGAGCAAGAAGAUUGCCCAUGCAUUCACAACAAUGAGUGGUAUUAUUCUGGAGGCAAGAUAAAAGUGGACUGCAACACCUGCACCUGCCAGAAAGGGGUUUGGAAAUGCACUGAGGACGUGUGCUAUGGGACUUGUAUGAUAUAUGGAAGUGGCCAUUAUAACACAUUUGAUGGGAAAUUCUAUGACUUUGAUGGGAGCUGUGAAUAUGUGGCUACUCAGGACUUCUGCGGUGACAAAAAUUCCAGUGGCUCAUUCAGUAUCAUCACAGAGAAUGUUCCUUGUGGAACUACAGGAGUCACCUGCUCAAAGGCUAUCAAAAUGUUCCUAGGGAAAACCGAGCUGAAAUUGGAGAACAAAGAGUACAAAGAAAUUCAGCGAGAUGUUGGUGAUGAUGUGCAGUAUUGGAACAGGACAGUCGGCCUGUACCUGGUUAUUGAAGCUAGCAAUGGUGUGAUGCUGAUCUGGGACAAGAAGACUACUGUUUUCAUCAAGCUGAGCCCUGAUUACAAGGGUAAAGUGUGUGGUCUGUGUGGCAACUUUGAUGACAAGGCAAACAAUGAUUUUACAACAAGGAGUGGACUGCAGGACAGUAAUCCUCUGAAUUUUGGAAAUUCCUGGAAACAAUCUCCCAUGUGCCCAGAUGUCACACAAGAGAUUAAGCCCUGUGAUCUGAAACCACACCGGAAGUCUUGGGCAGAGAAAGAAUGCAGCAUCAUCCAGAGUGAAGUCUUCAAAAUUUGUCACUCCAAGGUGGACCCACUUCCUUACUAUGAGGCUUGUGUUCAUGAUGCCUGCUCCUGUGACAGCGGUGGGGACUGCGAGUGCUUCUGCUCUGCAGUUGCAGCAUAUGCCCAAGAGUGCAUCAAGGCUGAGGCGUGUGUUUUCUGGAGAACUCCCGAUAUCUGCCCGAUAUUCUGUGACUACUACAACCCUCGCAAUGAGUGUGACUGGCACUAUGAGCCUUGUGGCAGUAAUAUCACAACCUGCAGGAUGAUCAAUAAUGUCAGCACCAACUUUACAGUACCAUUGCUGGAAGGUUGCUACCCCAGAUGCCCUAAGGACAAGCCUAUUUACAAUGAAGACACAAAGCAAUGUGUGACUGGAGAUCAAUGUGGAUGUUACCUCGAGGAUGGAACCUAUGUGCCCCCUUGGCAAGAAAUACCCACAGAGGAAAACUGUACAACAUGUAUCUGUGUCCCAUCAGGAUCCAUAGAGUGUAAACCGGUCCCAGGAUGUCCUUGUGUCAUCAAUGGAACGAGUUAUGAAGAGGGUGCUACUGUGGGAGUUGUACAGGAUGGUGACACAUGUACAAGAUACAUUUGUGCAGAAAAUGGCUCUGUAGUUCCUGGUGAAGUCUAUCCCUGUCCAACAUCUUCACCUACAACCAUUUCAACCUCCUCCCCUCACAGUACUCUUACCACCACCACCACAGUUUCCACUACAAGCCGCCCAGUCACUACAACUCCAUGCGUAGUCACAGAACUAAUCUGUGAUUGGACAGAGUGGUUUGAUGUUAGUAAACCUGAAGAAGGUGGUGGUGACUACGAAACAUAUGAUGAAAUAAGAAAACAUGGAAACAAAAUAUGUACAGCUCCUGAAGAAAUUGAAUGCAGGGCUAAGGAUAAACCUGAUGUGAGCUUAGAAGAACUUGGUCAGAAAGUAGAGUGCAAUGUUAAAUAUGGGCUAAUCUGUAAAAAUGAUGAGCAAGAUGUAACUAUGUGGCCACUUUGCUAUAAUUAUGAAAUCAGAGUAAACUGUUGUGAGUGGCAAGAAAUUCCUUGUGAGCAUACAACUACACCUACUAUACCUUCAACUUCAACCACCACCCAGACAACAAUAGUCAGCACCACUACAACCAGGACUUCAACAGAAAUUACCACCCCGCCCAUAGACAUCCAUUCCACAACAUCCCCAUCUCCACCCACACCGAGCACACCACAAUCGACAACCACUCCUACGCCGCCAGAGACUCCCACCACCACCAUCAGCACCCCGACAACAACAACCACUACUACUGGAUCAACAAGGCCCACCUCAACUACUUCAAUCACAUCCUCACCAACACCAACAUACACCACCACCACACCAACUCCAGCGUGUGAGUGCAUCUGGACAGACUGGAUCGAUGUGACUUAUCCAGAUGGUUCUGACAGGAAUAGUGGUGACUACGAAACCUUUGAGAACAUUUGGAAGAAAUACCCCUCCUGGGAGUGUGCAAAAGUUGAGAAUAUUUCAUGCCGAGCAGAGAAAUUCCCUAGCACUUCCAUUGCAGAUUUAGGGCAGAAAGUGGAAUGUAAUGUUAACGUAGGGCUCAUUUGUAACAAUAAAGAUCAGCAGAUAGGAGGUAUAAUACCGAUGCCAGUGUGCCUCAACUAUGAGAUCAGUGUCUGCUGCACCCCCAACAAACCAGAGUGUCUUCCAACUCCAAGCACCACGAGCACCACAACUUCCACAGCUUCCACCACAACGAGCAGUGUGUCCCCUCCAAUAUCAACCACUGCUCCAACAUCAACAUCACUGGAGACUCGCAGCCCUACCACCACCACCACCACCACCACCAGGGUGCCCCCCAGCAGCACCACCACUAGUGGCAGCACCUCAGAGACAACAAGAACUGCUCCUGUCUCAACAACACCCGUUUCAACUACUUCAAGCACAUCCACGCCCACACCAACCUACACCACCACCACCACCUCACCAAGUCCAGGUACUUCUCUGAUCUGUGUUCUCAUGUGUUUCCUUGCUGUGGGGAGCUGGACGCACAACUCCAUCCACACCAAGCACACCACAAUCGACAACCUCUCCCUCGACACCGGAGACUCUCACCACUACCACCAGCCCUCCAACCAAAACCACAACCACAACAAGAACACCAACGGUUACUGGAUCUUCAAUGACCACAUCAAGUCCUGGAAGCACACCUCCAUUUACACCAAGCACACCACAAUCGACAACCUCUCCCUCGACACCGGAGACUCUCACCACCACCACCAGCCCUCCAACCACAACCACAACCACAACAAGAACACCAACGGUUACUGGAUCUUCAAUGACCACAUCAAGUCCUGGAAGUAUGUUCCCAGCAGCACACCUCCAUCUACACCAAGCACACCACAAUCGACAACCUCUCCCUCGACACCGGAGACUCUCACCACCACCACCAGCCCUCCAACCACAACCACAGCCACAACAAGAACACCAACGGUUACUGGAUCUUCAAUGACCACAUCAAGUCCUGGAACUUCUGUUGAGUUCACAUUGAGUCCCACUGAUGCCUUUGUGUCUUUGUCUGUUUUCUCUGUCCCUGCUGUUUCUAACAGGCACACCUCCAUCUACACCAAGCACACCACAAUCGACAACCUCUCCCUCGACACCGGAGACUCUCACCACCACCACCAGCCCUCCAACCACAACCACAACCACAACAAGAACACCAACGGUUACUGGAUCUUCAAUGACCACAUCAAGUCCUGGAAGUAUGUUCCCAGCAGCACACCUCCAUCUACACCAAGCACACCACAAUCGACAACCUCUCCCUCGACACCGGAGACUCUCACCACCACCACCAGCCCUCCAACCACAACCACAACCACAACAAGAACACCAACGGUUACUGGAUCUUCAAUGACCACAUCAAGUCCUGGAAGCACACCUCCAUUUACACCAAGCACACCACAAUCGACAACCUCUCCCUCGACACCGGAGACUCUCACCACCACCACCAGCCCUCCAACCACAACCACAACCACAACAAGAACACCAACGGUUACUGGAUCUUCAAUGACCACAUCAAGUCCUGGAAGCACACCUCCAUCUACACCAAGCACACCACAAUCGACAACCUCUCCCUCGACACCGGAGACUCUCACCACCACGGCCAGUACCACGAUGCCCCCCAGCAGCACCACCAGCAUCAGCACCCCGAGGCCCUCAACUGUUACUGGAUCACCAACACCCACCUCAACUACUCCAAGCACAUCCACGCCCACACCAACAUACACCACCACCACAUCAAUUCCAGGUACUUCUGCAUUUUGUGCUCUCACAUGUUCCCCUGCUGUUGGAGUAAUGAUGGUUCGCACAGAAAGCACAUCCACACUGAGCACGCCAAAAUCAACAACCACUACCUCGCCGACGGAGACUCCCACCACCACCACCAGCCCUCCAACCACAACCACUGGUCCUGGAUCAACAACAACCAUCUCAACUCCUCAAACCCCACCUACGAAGACACCGAGCCCACCAGAACCGCCAAGUACCCCCACUCCAACAGCAUCUGAAACUCCCAACAUUACUUCCAGCACCACGAUGCCCCCCAGCAGCACCACCAGCAUCAGCACCGGCAAGACAACAACAACAACUGUCACUGGCUCAUCAACAACCUUCUCAACUACUUCAAGCACACCUACAACCAUAUGGGAAUGGACAACCACUUCCACGUCACCGGAGACUCUCAGCAGCACCACCACCAGCACCAGCACCACCACCACCAGCAGAGCACCGACGACAACAACAACAACACCAACCAUCCGAACUCCUGCACCGUGUGAGUGCAUCUGGACAGACUGGAUCGAUGUGACUUAUCCAGAUGGUUCUGACAGGAAUAGUGGUGACUACGAAACCUUUGAGAACAUUUGGAAGAAAUACCCCUCCUGGGAGUGUGCAAAAGUUGAGAAUAUUUCAUGCCGAGCAGAGAAAUUCCCUAGCACUUCCAUUGCAGAUUUAGGGCAGAAAGUGGAAUGUAAUGUUAACGUAGGGCUCAUUUGUAACAAUAAAGAUCAGCAGAUAGGAGGUAUAAUACCGAUGCCAGUGUGCCUCAACUAUGAGAUCAGUGUCUGCUGCACCCCCAACAAACCAGAGUGUCUUCCAACUCCAAGCACCACGAGCACCACAACUUCCACAGCUUCCACCACAACGAGCAGUGUGCACAACUCCAUCCACACCAAGCACAGCAUCCCCUACAGCAGAAUUGCCCUCCACGUCCCCGGAGACUUCCAGCAGCACCACCACCCCCAGCACCAGCACCCCGGCAACAACAACCUCUCUUAUUGGAUCACCAACGCCCACCUCAACUACUUCAAGCACAUCUUCACCAUCACCAACAUACACCACCUCCUUAUCAACUCCAGGCACAGAAAGCACAUCCACACUGAGCACGCCAAAAUCAACAACCACUACCUCGCCGACGGAGACUCCCACCACCACCACCAGCCCUCCAACCACAACCACUGGUCCUGGAUCAACAACAACCAUCUCAACUCCUCAAACCCCAUCUCCACCCACACCAAGCACACCACAAUCGACAACCACUCCUACGCCGCCAGAGACUCUCACCACCACCAUCAGCACCCCGACAACAACAACCACUACUACUGGAUCAACAAAGCCCACCUCAACUACUUCAAUCACAUCCUCACCAACACCAACAUACACCACCACCACACCAACUCCAGUCCCACCUUCAUCCACAACGAGCACACCAAAAUCAACGACGACUCUGCCACCAGAGACUCCCACCUCCGCCACCAGCGCUCUGAGCACAACAACCACUGCUACUGGAUCAACAACACCCACCUCAACUACUUCAAGCACAUCCUCACCAACACCAACAUACACCACCACCACACCAACUCCAGGUACUUCUCUGGCACACCUCCAUCCACACUGAGCACGCCAAAAUCGACAAGCUCUCCCUCGACACCGGAGACUCUCACCACCACCACCAGCCCUCCAAGCACCACAACCACUGUUCCAACUACCACCACAACUCAUGAAAGUAUUUACACCAGAACCCCGUCGGGUCCACCCACUGAAACCCCGUCGGGUCCACCCACUGAAGCAAUAAAGACACCUGAACCAGAGACGCCGACAACAACAAGCAUUCCAGUUACUCCUUCAGUUACCCCACUGCCAACAACAAGAACGACAGAAAUAAGUACCGUGUCUAUUGCAAGCACCACUAGUCAACAGUCAACAUCACCAGUGUCAACAAGCCCAGUGACAGCUACCACAUCCGAAGUCACUGGAACAGGAUCAACCACCAAGACCACUACUUCAGGCCCCACACCCUCAAGUUCCACCAGCACCACACCAGUAACAGAAACUCCUAUCCAUGAGACCACUACCACCAGGACCUCAAGCCCUCCAACAGGAUUAUCUACCACCACUUCCAGCCCUGGCACCACCACAACCUCGGGACCAAGCAGCCCUACAGCAACACAGCCACCAAUAUCGACAACCCCAUUCACUGGAACAGGAUCAACCACCAAGACCACCACUUCAGGCCCCACACCCUCAAGAUCCACCAGCACCACACCAGUAACAGAAACUCCUAUCCAUGAGACCACUACCACCAGGACCUCAAGCCCUCCAACAGGAUUAUCUACCACCACUUCCAGCCCUGGCACCACCACAACCUCGGGACCAAGCAGCCCUACAGCAACACAGCCACCAGUAUCGACAACCCCAUUCACUGGAACAGGAUCAACCACCAAGACCACCACUUCAGGCCCCACACCCUCAAGAUCCACCAGCACCACACCAGUAACAGAAACUCCUAUCCAUGAGACCACUACCACCAGGACCUCAAGCCCUCCAACAGGAUUAUCUACCACCACUUCCAGCCCUGGCACCACCACAACCUCGGGACCAAGCAGCCCUACAGCAACACAGCCACCAGUAUCGACAACCCCAUUCACUGGAACAGGAUCAACCACCAAGACCACCACUUCAGGCCCCACACCCUCAGUGUCCACUCCCCCUACCACCACAGUAGGAACAGAAAUAAGUACUCCAACCACAACCUCUGCAACUGUUACGACUCCAACAUCACCUACAUCAACCAGCCCAGUGUCAACCACUACCGCUGGUACUACUCCAACAGAAAGCUUUACCACCACUUCAGGAACCACCUCUAGUAGUUCUAUCACAAUCAAUGCUACAACCACCAUCUCCACAACCUUCAAAACCCUGCCGCCUGUCUCAACUACUACAUCUGGGCCUACUGCAACAUCAACUGCAGUCACCACUACAGGAAGUUCUACACACAGUGCAACUCCUCCAGUUAAUGGGUCAACUACAGGUCUAACACCAACCACUCCCAAAAAAACUUGUACUAUUUUCCCUAAUGAAACUUAUGAGCAAGGUGACUCGUGGAUGCUCUGUAACUGCACUAAGGUUAUAUGUAUAGAAGACAACAUUGUCCAGGUGAUUCCAAUAAUCUGCAAUCCACCCCCGAAACCCACGUGUUCCAAUGGACUGUCUCCUGUGCCAGUCAUGGAUGAGGAUGGAUGCUGUUGGCAUUGGGAGUGUGAUUGCUACUGCACUGGCUGGGGAGAUCCACAUUACAUGACUUUUGAUGGACUGUACUACAGCUAUCAAGGGAAUUGUACAUAUGUCCUUGUGGAAGAGAUCAAUAAGAAAGUUGAUAACUUUGGUGUCUACAUUGAUAACUACCAUUGUGAUGUACGGGAUGUAGUGUCCUGUCCUCGAACGCUCAUUGUGAGACAUGAGACUCAGGAAGUGAGGCUAACAACAGCACAACCAAAUACUCUACAAGUAGAGGUGACAGUAAACAACCAGCUCGUGGCUUUGCCUUACAAGAAGUUUGGUGUGAGCAUCUACGAGUCAGGCAUAAAUAGUGUUGUGGAAAUUCCUGAGCUGAAAAUGAAUGUGACCUACAAUGGCUUGUCCUUUUCUAUCAGAAUGCCCUACAGCCUGUUUGGCAACAAUACCCAGGGACAGUGUGGUACUUGCAAUAACAACACGGCAGAUGACUGCAUGCUGCCAAAUGGAAACAUUGCAGAAAACUGUGAAACCAUGGCAGAUCAUUGGCAAGUUGUUGAUCCUUCCAAACCACAGUGCUCUCCAGGCCUAGUUCCUACAGGUUCACCUAGCACAACACCAACACAGCCUUGCAAAGAAUCGUCCAUCUGCGAGCUUAUUUUGGGAAGUGUGUUCAAGCCAUGCCAUGCAUUUGUCCAGCCUGAGAAGUACUAUGCAGCCUGCGUUUUUGAUAGCUGUGUACUUCCCAACCUAGACCUGGAAUGCUCAAGCCUGCAGAUCUAUGCUGCCACCUGUGCUGAUCAAGGCGCGUGCAUUGACUGGAGAAAACACACCAAUGGUGUAUGCUGUAAGUAUGAAUGUCCUUCAGGUAAAGAAUAUAGAGCAUGUGGUCCUAUUAAAGAGACGACCUGCAAAUCCAGAGAACAGAAUGAGACAUCAACUAAGCAAGUGGAAGGCUGUUUCUGUCCUAAUGGAACCAUGCUGUAUGACUCUGGUGUGGAUGUCUGCGUGAAAACAUGUGGCUGUGUUGGAGUGGAUAUGGUAUCAAGAGAGUUUGGAGAAAAGUUUACAGUGGACUGUAAGGACUGUAUUUGCCUGGAAGGUGAACAUGGCAUUGUAUGUGAGCCUCAUGUAUGUGAUCAAAAGAAGGUCACUUGUGAAGGAGAAGGCUUCUAUGAAGUCACUGAAGUCAAUCCUAAAGACUCCUGCUGCCCUCUUUUCACUUGCAAAUGCAAUACAAGCUUGUGCACAGCUAAAGCCCCCAAGUGCUCACUGGGAUUUGAAGUUCAUUCUUAUAUUCCCAGUGGUCAGUGCUGUCCUGUAUACCAAUGUGUUCCCAAGGGGGUUUGCGUACAUGAGAAUGCUGAGUUCUUGCCCAACUCCUCAGUCUUUGUUGACAAGUGCCAGAAUUGUGUCUGCACAAAUGAUGUUAACGUCAGCACUCAACUGAAUAUAAUCUCCUGUGAACAUGUCCCCUGCAACACAUACUGUCAACCAGGAUAUGAACUUAAACCAGUGAACGGCGAAUGCUGUGGAAAAUGUGUGCAGACCAAGUGUAUUAUAAAGACAUCAGACAAUUCUGAACUCAUCUUGAGUCCCGGAGACUUUAAAAAUGAUCCUCACAACAACUGCACCAUUUAUAGCUGUGUAGAUUUCCAUGACCAGCUUAUUGCUUCCACAUCUGAGAUUACCUGUCCAGCAUUCAAUGAAGACAGCUGCAAACCUGGAACUAUUUCAUUCUUACCUAAUGGUUGUUGCAGAACAUGUGCCCCUCUGGACAGCAGCACACCGUGCUCUGUGCGCCACAGAAAAGACUUUAUUGUCUACAAUGGCUGCCGCUCCGUGGACAGAGUUGACAUGACUGAAUGUGAAGGAACAUGUGGAACCUUCUCGCUAUACUCUGCUGAGGCCAAUUCCAUGGACCACAGCUGCUCCUGCUGCAGAGAAACAAGCACCACUGAGAAGCACGUGGUUCUGAAAUGCCCUGGUGGGCACGCAGUGUCACACAAGUACAUCUACGUGGAGAGCUGCAGCUGUCAAGACACUGAAUGCCAGAGGCCAGAGUCCAAUGAGCUGCAGAACAAUUAA